AUGGAGAAGACGCUUAGAGAUGAACCUCAUAUGCGGCUUAAACUAGCUACACUAGAGGUAUGGGUCAACAAACUAAAUCAAUGCGUAAUGGAUCAACAAACUAAAUCAAUGCCUAAUUACUCGAAACCGGUUUUUUUCUUUAACCCGUUUACCCGGGAGCGUAUCAACUUACCCAAAAGGUCGUCUGGCAAUUUCUCAUGUAAUCAGUUAUCUUUUUCAGCCGCUCCUACAUCAAGUAGUUGUUUGGUGAUCUCGUUAACCAGCUAUAGUCACGAAAACUCUGUGAUUACUUCUUGGCGACCUGGUGAAACCGUAUGGAAAGUCCAUCGAUUUAGAUACCGGCCACCCAGAGGCAUGUGGACCAAAUGUGUCUUCUCGAAUGGUGUGCUCUAUUGUCUCAGUACCUCCGGCUACCUCAGCGUUUUCGACCCGUCUAAAGAAACUUGGAAUAUUCUUCGAGUGAGACCCUGGUCAUAUCCCACCGUUGGUCCUAAAGAAUUCGGUAGGCGAGUGUUGAUGAUGGAGAAUGAAGGAGACAUCUUUGUUAUGGUUUUGCACCACCCCGACAACAACCCAUCAGUGUUUAAACUAAACUUGAAAUACAUGAAAUGGGAAGAGAAGAGAGAUGUUGGUGGCUUGACAAUAUUUGCAAGUUACCCUGGCUCUUUUAUAAGAGCUAGUCUCUCGGCCAAUGAGAGGAACAAAGUGUAUCUAUCGGCUAAGGAGCCACACAGCGUAUACUACUCCCUCGGUGAUGAGGAAAGCUCUGGUCUUCCUACAAAUAUAUAUUUGUCUAAACGCAUCGCUUGGGUCGAUCCACCUCACAACAACGUUAUUUUGUGA